CGCUUCCACAUUUGCAAAUAUAUCAAAUUCAGCUUUACAAAAAUUAUCGACAUGCUGCAAUGCCAACAUCAGAAGGUGUUUAGGGUUGAUAAGAUCCACACCAAUACAUGUCAUUUACCACAUGGCUGCAGAGAUGCCACCCAAGUAUAGGUUUGAGAUGGCAACAGCUAAAGAAAUGAUUAAGUGUAUCGCAUACAAUCUGCCGGCCAAAAAAAUGAUUCUAACAGAUAAAAUCAACAAAAGAACUAGUUACCAUACAGUUUAUCAAAAAUAUAAAUCUAUUUUUUACAAUAUUGCCCCAAUACAAAAUAAUACAACUUGUUCAAACAAACUAUAUAUGGACGAUACUUUUUUCAAAAAUAUAAUCAAAAAUAAAAAAGAAGCCAAUCAAACAGUUAUUAAUAAUAUAUAUAAAGAAAAAAUUAACCGUCUGGAAGCAAAUCAGUUUGAAAUAAUAUUCACAGAUGGGUCAAUAAAAGAUAAUAAAACGGGAGCUGCAUAUGUACAUGAAAAAUCUAAUACAAUUCAAACCUUCUGCGGUAAUAGGAAAGUGGCAUCUAUGACUGCUGAAUUAAUAGCAAUAGAAAAAGCCAUCGAGUUUGCGAUAGAGAAUCAGUUUCUUAAAAUAGCCAUCCUUACUGAUAGUUUAAGCAGUAUUUUGACAUUGAAAAACAAUGACCCCAAUAAUUAUAUAGCGCAAAACAUAAUAAGAAUAAUAAACACAUCAACAAUAGACAUUGUAGAAAUACAUCAUAUACCAGCCCACAGUAACAUUACAUCGAAUGAAAAAGUAGACAAAGCGGCAAAAGCUGCAAUUCAUUCAGGUGAUCCAAUUAGAAUUCCGUGGACUAUCAAAGAUGCUAUAAAGGAAAUAGAGCACCAAAUACGUGAAGAAUGGAAACAAGAUUACCAAGGAAAAAUUAUAAACAAGGGACGGGAUUAUGGGCACAUGUAUCCGGAAUUAUUGAAGAAGCCUUGGUUCCACAAAAAAGACACCCGAAUGCAACCAGAAGAAAUAAAACAAUUCAAUAGAAUUAUGUCCAACCAUACAUUUUGUAAAGAAACUUUAGCCAGAAUGAAUAUUUUCACUGACGACAAAUGCGAAACAUGUAAUACGACGGAAAAUUCAAACCACUUAAUUUUUCAUUGCAACAAAUAUUCACAUUCAAGAAACCAAUAUCCAUUAUUAAGAAAUAAUGCAUCAUUUAUCGAUUUUCAUCGAAACGCUACUACUAAUGAAUACAUUACCAUCACUAAAUUUCUGAACGAGAUCCAAAUGAAUUUGUAAAACGGGUAGUAAAAACUUUUAAACCACAACUAUAAUUGGCGAUGGCGUUGUAGCUCUUGAGCUGGCCAAAUUAGUCUUCUUUCCUUAUAUUUGUAUAUAAGCACGGAAGCAACGUUAAAUUAUAAAAAAAAAAAAA